ACGAAACACCUCCCCACCAAAUCAGCUGUUUUUGAAUUCCUGUGCCAGCAAGACGCAAGUUUUUUUUCACAAUUUCUGAGAUUUUGCACAAUUUUUCUGGAUUUUACGGCAUCACAAUGGCCACAGGUGAUAGUAAAUCUGCAAGUGUAAAGUUGAAGCAUGAUCCAACGCUGGUGACGAUAAAGACAGAGCCAGGAUUGAGGACACACAUCAAGACUGAACGGCUGAGUUCCUUCAAGAUGCCACGUGAUUUGACUCUUGGGGGUCCUGGGCCAGGAAAGACAGCCCGUGGGGGAUCAAAUAAGAAGAUUUAUACGCCAAAUUUAAAUGCCGUUCGCCACAAAAAUACAGAUGUCAAGACUUCCCGGGAUACCCAGCACAAGAAGAUGACAAAGAGUCCGCAGCGCGAAAGAGGAGGCAAGGUGGCCAUGAACCGUGGAAAUCUCGUCCAGACAAUGGGAGUGUUUUCAGAGGGAACAGCAAAGUCAGCAAAGCGACAUUCAGAGUCUCGAUAUUCUUCCAGCGAAAGGGAGAGUCUCUCACUAAGUAGACGGUCGUCAGCCUCGAAAAAGGAUACCACCCAGCCUGUACAUGGUGGACGGGUCAUUAGGGACAUCCUGGACAGCAGUGACGAGGAUGACUGCACCAUGGAUGAAGAUGCAACAAUGCCUGUGAUGCUUCAAGCAGCUGAUAGAAUUGUGUUAUCCAAAGACGUAGUUAAAGAGGUUAAGGUCAAGGUAGAGCCUCCAGAUGAAACAAUCUCGAAUGCCCCAACAGUCUCCACAACGAUCCCUUUCAACACCAAAUUGAAAUCGGAUCCGGAUGGGGCAAAAACUCCGCAGAGUCUUGAAGAGAUCUUCGGUUCGAAGUCAUCUCAGCUCUUCCUGCUUCAGCUGCCGGACACGCUACCUGGCACAGUUCUGGACACUUCGAAGGCAGAUAGCCGGAAGGAAGGGGAUGAUCAGGACACUUCAAAUACGACCUCCCCUAUGAAUUCUCUGAAGCAGCAAGAUGAAGGGCUUGUCGGUAAAUUCGUGCGGUACAAGUCCGGGAAGACGAAGCUAGUUCUAGGAACCAGCCAGUUUGAUCUGGAUGUGGGUAUCGAUACGGACUUCCUGCAGCAGUUGGUGUCCAUUGAUGCGAAUCCCGAACAGAGAUCCGGCAACAUGUACAACCUCGGGAAGAUUCAGACAAAAUUGACUGCCACCCCGGAUUGGGAACACAUGUUCAGGAAUAUGAUAUAAAAGAGAUUGUUUUUCUACAUAAAAA